CUCAAAAUGCCCCUCCAAGUAAUCAUUGUCGGUGCUGGUAUCGGCGGGCUCAGUGCCGCCGUCGCCCUUCGCCAGGCCGGCCACUACGUCAAGGUGUUUGAAAAGUCGCAGUUUGCCAGCGAGGUCGGCGCGGCCGUGGCGCUGACGCCCAACGGCACGCGCGUGCUCGACCACCUGGGCUUCGACUGGGCGCGCGCGCGGGCCGACGCCAUGGUCUCGUUUGAGGUCGUCGACGGCGUCACGCUGGCCGGCCUGCACCGCGCCGACACGUCGGACGCGCGCACCCGCUUCGGCGCCGCCUUCUGGACCAUCCACCGCGUCGACCUGCACAACGAGCUCAUGCGCCUGGCAGCUUCACCCAGCGCUGCAGGAGACGGCACCUACGCCCUCCACCUCGGCGCCCGCGUCGUAUCGGCCGACCUGGUCUGCGGCAGCGUCGCGCUCGAGGACGGCUCCCAGCACGUCGCCGAUCUGGUUGUCGGCGCCGACGGCCUGCGCUCUGUUGUCCGCGGCGUCGUGCUGGGCGGCGACGGCGCCGGGUCUGAGCCUACCCCGUCGGGCAUGAACGCUUUCCGCUUCAUGAUCCCCACUACCGAACUGGUGGAUGACCCGGCGUUUCAGGAGCUCAUGCGCGUCAAGGGGCGCGGCAACAGCGUGUUUGCCGACCCCUCCAACGAGACGGAGCGGCACAUGGUCUGGUACACUUGUCGUGGUGGAACAAUGCAGAAUUUCGGCGGCAUCCACGAGACGUCUUCGGAUGAGAAUGCCAGCGUCGACGUCAAGGCCAUGAUGCUCUCUGAGUUCGGCCACUUCCACCCGAACCUGGUUGAACUCAUGCGGAAGGCAGAUCGCGUCACGGACUGGCCGCUCAACUGCCACGACCCGCUUCCGACGUUUGUUCGCGGCAAGGUUGCCCUGAUGGGCGACGCCGCGCAUCCGAUGCUCCCCUUCGGCGCCCAAGGCUCGAACCAAGCCAUCGAAGACGCCGGCGCGCUGGGCGAGCUGUUCCACGGCGUGGACUCGCCAGCACUGGUUCCGGAGCGGCUGGCCAUGUUUGACAGCGUGCGCAGACUGCGGGCGUCGAGGGUGCAGACGCUCUCGCGCGUCCGGCUGGGCAAGGAGAUGCAAGUGCAGGCCCAGCUGCGCCAGUAUGCCGACCCUGCCGGCCGAGACGUGCCGGCCUCCUUUGUCGAGCGCCAGGUUCAUGAUUACGGCUUCGAUGUACUCUCUGCAUGCAGAGGCGUACUCGGUGCGCAAGCGGUUGCGAGCUGAGGGGGUGUUUGGCUGUUUGUUGGCUGUUUGUGUACCUAGGUAAUAAGAACUAGACCGCUAGACCUGGGAGGGUGAACGCGACACCAGAUAAGGCCGGCCUCUCUAUAGUUACCGGCCCUCAUCCGAUCGCAGGGCGCGAAGAGUGCAGGUGCAGGG